AUGGGAGAUCCCAUCGCCAUUGUUGGGCUCAGCGCGAGGCUUCCGGGGGACGGCGAUACGCCAGAGCAGUUCUAUGAGUCGCUACUUGCCGGGAGGUCAGCCCGCACGGAAGUGCCGCGGGAGAGAUACAACGCAGAGGCCUUUUGGCAUCCGGAUGCCGACAGGAGCGGCGCCACACGAGUUCGCCAUGGCCACUUUCUCCAGGGCAGCAUAUCGGCAUUUGACGCGCCCUUUUUUUCUAUCACACCCACAGAAGCACGGAGUAUUGACCCUCAACAGCGAGGAAUGUUGGAGAGUGUAUACAAGGCUCUCGAAAAUGCCGGAAUACCUCUCGAUACCGUUGCCGGAACCCAGACCGGCGUAUACGUCGGCUGCUUUACGGCCGAUUACAAUGAUCACAUAGCGAAAGACUUGGAUAUCCCGAAUAAAUACUCAGCCCUGGGCACAGUAGCAAGUAUGCUCAGCAACAGAGUCUCGUGGUUCUUCGACUUUCGGGGUCCGAGUGUAACAGUAGACACGGCCUGCUCAAGCAGUCUGGUGGCUGUGCACGAAGCAUGCAUGAGUCUCAAACUUCGUGAAGUCAACAUGGCCGUCGUGGGCGGGUGCAACCUUAUCCUGACUCCCGAGAUGACACUAAAGCUAGACGCGGCGGGCGUUCUGGGUCCGGACGGCAAGUCAUACAGCUUUGACCACCGGGCCAACGGAUACUCCCGCGGCGAAGGGUUCGGGGCCCUGGUCUUAAAGCGGGUAUCGGAUGCUAUUCGGGACGGGGACGUCAUCCGCGCCGUCAUCCGGAACUCUUCCACGAACCAGGACGGCCGAUCGCCCGGCAUCACGCAGCCGACGAAAAGGGGCCAGGUCGCGCUCAUCAAGCACGUCUACGAGCGGGCCAACUUGGACCCUUCGCUCACGCGGUUCGCCGAGGCCCAUGGCACGGGUACACCCGUGGGCGAUCCCAUUGAGGCGAGUGCCCUUGCCGAGAUCUUUGCGCCUCAUCGGUCUGCGGACGAGCCGCUGUACGUGGGUGCGCUGAAGAGCAAUGUUGGACACUUGGAGGGCGCUGCGGGCGUAGCGGCCGUGAUCAAGGGUGUCUUGACGCUAGAGAGCGGCGUUAUUCCCGGGAACAUUUGGUUCGAGAAGCGCAACCCAAAGAUCCAGGACGCAUGGAACUUGAGGUUUCCCACAAAACCGACGGCGUGGCCGCAGCGGGGCCUGCGCCGCAUGUCCGUGAACUCGUUUGGCGUUGGUGGCAGCAACGCCCAUGUAGUGAUGGAUGAUGCGCUCCAUUUCCUCAAGAGCUUCCGCCUAGUCGGGAACCAUCGUACGGAGACGAUCCCCAAGAUUCCAAGACAACUAGACGCACCCUUAGCGAACGGGACGGGCCGCGUCAAUGGAUUCCACCGCCCAUCGGAUAGCGGGAUCCAUCUAGACGAUUUUGACACUGAAGACGCCCCACGUCUCUUUGUCUUGUCGGCAAACGACCAGGAUGCCGUUUCUCGGUUACGAGACGGAUACAGGGACUAUCUUGCAACGAAAGCAGCCCAGAUCGUCGGGGAAUCCGCCCAGCUGCGAUUUUUGAGGGACCUAAGCUACACACUGGCCUGUAGGCGGACCCGUCAUUCCUGGAGGACGUUCAGCAUCGCUAGCUCGCCGGCACAGUUGGAGAAGUCUCUCGAGGGGAAUGCGGCUACUCCCAUACGAGCAAAGACCAACCCGCGGCUUGCGUUUGUCUUCACCGGCCAGGGAGCGCAAUGGGCGACGAUGGGCAUGGACCUGUUAGCGUACCGCGCCUUUCAAGAAAGUCUUUUGGCAGCUGAUCGGUAUCUCAAUGAUCUCGGUUGUAAUUGGUCGUUAACGUUCGAGCUAUCAAAGUCAAAGACUUCCUCUCGAAUCAAUGACCCUGAAUUCUGCCAACCCAUCUGCACUGCUCUGCAGGUUGCCAUGGUGGAUCUUCUCUCUACCUGGGAGGUCUACCCGCAUGCCAUUACAGGACACUCAUCCGGUGAAGUAGCCGCAGCCUACGCCGCUGGUGCAAUCUCACGACAAGCAGCCUGGAAAAUCGCCUACUUCCGCGGAAAGCUGAGUGCCAAGCUCGCGCGCUCCGCUUCUCGGCCGAGUACAGGCAUGGCCGCCGUCGGCCUGAGCAAAGCCGCCACGCAGGACGCCAUCGAUCGCGUGAACCAUCAACUUGGGGGUGAAGGUACCCUCGAGAUCGCUUGCAUGAACAGCGCAGACAGUCAUACCGUUAGCGGCGAUGCUGAAAAGAUCGACGCCCUGGUCCAGCUACUCAGCGCCGAAAAGGUGUUUGCGAGAAAGCUCAACGUUGAGAUUGCAUACCAUUCGCAGUACAUGAGAGCCAUGGCUGACGAGUAUCUGGUGGCCAUGGGAGACCUUCAGCAGGGUACUUUGAGAAGCUCUGUGAAACCGAGGUUCUACUCUUCGACGAUGGGAGUGCCGAUACUGCCCUCCCAGCUUCGACGGCCAGAAUACUGGGUCAAGAACCUGGUGUCACCCGUCCGGUUUACCGAGUCGGUCACAGAGAUGCUCAAGGGUUCUAAAACACCCAAAAUCAAUGGACAUAUUAAUGGACAUAUCAAUGGCCUCGUCAACGGAAAUGUCAACGGCCACGUCAACGGUGGUGUGAACGGUGACUGUGAUGAAGAACUCCCGUUCGAACCCAUCACCGACUUUUUGGAAAUCGGCCCUCAUAGCGCCCUCAAGGGACCACUAUUUAGCACCGUCAAACAGGUCCGCGGCAACGCCAAAGUCGACUACCACUCCCUUCUCGUCCGACAGAAGCCAGGUGUUGAGACAGCACUGGAAUCUGUCGGAACUCUCUUCUGCCACGGUUACAACGUCAACUUGGCCCAGGUCAACGACGCAGACGAGCCUCAUGGGCCCAAACCGCUCAUGCUGACCAACCUCCCCGCUUAUCCCUUUGACCACUCGAAAGAGUAUUGGGUAAACAGCACAUUGAGCGACGACUUCCGCAAGAGACCUGUGAGCCGACACGAGCUACUUGGAGCUCCCAUGGCGGGUUUCAAUGAAAAUAAUGCGGUGUGGCGCAAUUACAUCCGACUUUCGGAGAAUCCUUGGAUCGAAGACCACAAGGUCUCUGGAGAUGUCUUGUAUCCCGCGGCCGGUAUGCUUGUCAUGGCUAUCGAGGCGAGCCGGCAGAUUGCCGACAAGAGCAAGGCCCUGAAGGGGUUCAGGCUGAGAGACGUGUCAUUCAAGCUGGCCCUGCGAGUGCCCAAUGAUGCCAAUGGUGUUGGAUCUCAGUUUUACCUCCGUCAGCACCGAGAAAACAGCCACUCCACUGUUUCGACAUGGCGAGAGUUCCAGCUCUGGACCCUGCAAGAUGGCGCGUGGAGGGAGCACUGCCACGGUUUCGUGCAGACAGAGUACGAGGCGGAUGAUCAACUCGCACUCAGGAGAUCUGAAGAGAGCGUUCAUGAUGGCUGCGCGACGGAGGUUUCUGUCGACAAGUUGUAUCGCAGCUUCGCAGAGUCCGGGCUGAACUUUGGCCCAACCUUCCAGACUCUAAGCGACGUCCGCCUCGGACGAGACCUGAACAUGGUAGCGACGCUCCAUCCUCCAUUGGAGAAGAUCAAGAAAUUGAUGCCACACCAGUAUGUCCAGCCGCACUUGGUGCAUCCGGCUACUCUCGACGGCGUCGUACAUGCCAAUCUCGUCGCUCUGAUCUCGAGCUCCGAAUACGCCGGGGCGACUAGAGUGCCUACGUACCUUACUGAUGGCUGGAUCUCGGCACAAUCGAGCCUCUCUCAUAACUCCUACAGUGUGUCUGCCGAGUCUCGCGUCAAAGGACGCAGCGAGGUGGUCUCGGACGUGAAAGCUUCACACCUAGAGCAAGGCGACGAGAUGGUUCGAAUGUCUGGCCUUGUCUUCAAGACUAUCUCGAGUGGACCGUCCAAGGAGACCUCUCAGGGAGUGCUUCAUCCGGCUUUCAACAUAUCCUGGAAGCCUGAUCCGAGUUUCCUGACGAAGCAGCAGGCUUCACAGCUUUUCCAGCUGCCUCUGACGCAGGAGGAUGACCCAUCUACCUGGAUGCUGGACUGCGAGGCGCUGUGUCUGGCUUACAUGCGCCGUUGCGUAGAAUCUCUUACCCAAGGGUCCAUUGGCAAGAUGACCUGGUACCACCAACGAUACGUCAAGUGGUUCCAGCACGUUGCCCGCCAGCAUUCUGACGGUCCGGCAAGUGAGAGUAUUGAAGAUCUUGAAGCUAAGGUUCUGGCCGGCAACGCCUCGGAAGGAAAACUCAUCAUUGCCGUCGGCCAGGCCCUCUCGGGUAUCCUCACCGGAGACCGCGAUCCCUUAGACGUCAUCUUCAAAGAUAAGCUGGCAGAGGAUGUCUAUAGCAACGGUCUUGGCUCCAAGAGAUGCUACACCCAGCUCUGUAGCUACCUCGACAUCAUGGCGCACAAGAAUCCUAACAUGGAAAUUCUCGAGAUCGGUGCCGGCACAGGUGGCGCCACGCGUCCUGCCAUAGCGACGUUGACACGAGACAGCGGUCGUCGGUACGGGCACUACGACUUCACCGACAUCUCGCCGUCGUUCUUCGAACAAGCUAAGGAAACCUUCAAGGAUGAGGUCGGCCGUAUGGGAUUUCGUGUGCUCAAUGUCGAGAAUGACCCGGUGAGCCAGGGCUUCGAGGCUGGCAAGUACGAUCUCAUCAUUGCGGCGAACGUCUUGCACGCUACAAAGAAGAUUGACGACACGCUCGUCAAUGCCAGAAAGCUCCUCAAGCCUGGCGGCAAGCUUCUUCUCUUUGAGAUCACCAACACAGAGAUCCUGCUGGGCAGCUUCUGCUUCGGUACGCUUCAUGGGUGGUGGCUCUCCGAGGACAAGGACCGUAUCUGGGGUCCAUUGAUGUCUCCCAACUCAUGGGAUACCCAUCUUCGAGCUUCUGGUUUCAGUGGACUUGAUGCCGUGUUUGACGAUUUUGCUUCGUCGCCGCAUCAGAUGAGUUCGAUCCUCGUGUCAAGUAACCCUCCAUCAGAGGCGGUAGCAUGCUCGCCUACAUCGUACUACAUUCUGACCAAGGAAUCGCCGGCUCAGAUCGCGCUGGCCGCGAAGAUCUCGCAGUCUAUCGGUCAAGGAGGUGAUUGCCAAAUCGCAACUCUCACUUCCUUGGCUGACAAGAGUCUGGCUGACGUGACGUGUGUUGUACUCUCCGAGCUGGGUCAUUCAACUUUGAAGGAUAUGGACGACGAGACCUUCAAUGGCUUCAAACGUGUACUCACCCAAAGCAAGAACAUCCUUUGGGCGACUCGUGGCGGUACCUCCACUGCGCCCGACCCGGAUUCCGAGCUGGUGACCGGUCUGGCUAGGGUGGUUCGGUCAGAGAGGCCAGACGUCAACUUCGUCACUCUCUCUUUCGAACAGGACGCCACCGAGGAGUUCGCUGCCGCCAAGUGCGCCCAAGUUCUUGGGGCAGCACGAGAUAGCGUCGAGAACUCGUUCAGGGUGAUUGACGACGUGGUUUACGUGUCUCGACUCGUGCAGGCAGACUACAUGACCGACCACAUUCAAAACCAAACUGGUGUGGUGAGCGUCGAGAACAAGCUUCUGAAAGACGAAGCCUAUCGUUCACUGUGUCUCCAGGUCGGAGACGUUGGCCAACUUGACUCACUUCGCUUUGAGGAAGACGCCCUGACUGAGACACUACUGGGUGACCACGAUGUCGAGCUCAAGACCAUGGCUUGCGGAGUGAGCAUCGGUGACGUCUCUUCAGUCCUCGGGAAGGCUGAAGAGUUACCCCUGGGUCUGGAGGCUUCCGGUAUAGUCACAAAGUCUGGGCCUGCGUCUAGGUUCCAGGUUGGGGACAGGGUCUUCGGACUCGCGGUGUCGGGCACCAUGAAGACUCAUGUUCGAUCCACGGACGGCUUGCUCGCGAAGCUGCCUGAUGGAGUGUCUUUCACUGAUGGCGCGGUCCUGCCCGUCGACUACACGACGGCUUACGCUGUCCUCUGCGAGGUCGGCUCCAUCCGUGAGGGUGACUCUGUCAUGGUGCACGGCGGAUGUUCCAGCAUCGGAAAGGCGUUCGGGCAGGUUGCCCAGCUUCAAGGAGCUGAGGUUUACACAACCGUGACGAAUCAGUCAGAGCGAGACGAACUGGUCAAGCAAUGCAAUAUCCCAGAAGACCACAUCUUCAGCAGCCGUGACUUGUCAAUGCGAUCCACCCAGCAGAAACUGGUCAAGGGACGUGGCAUUAAUGUUCUUGUCACGGUGACCGAUGACCUUGUCGACGGCGUCAUCGACUGCAUCGCACCAUUCGGACGCAUCGUCUACAUCGGCUCAGGUGCCGGAAUCUCCAACACACGUGUCCCGCGAGGCCGCAACAUCCGUCUCGAGUCCUUCGAUCUUACAUCUUGCCUCGCAUUCGACCUCUCCCGCACCGAGACCAUGUUCCAGCACAUGGUCGACAUCGUCUUUGCCAACUGGAACAAUAUCAGCCGCCCCUCGCCCACCACCAUCUACAGCUUCUCCCAGGUCGGCGACGCGUUCCGCCGGAUGCAGUCUGAAGAUCAAGAUACCGCCAAGGUCGUUCUCGAACCACGCGGCGACGACAUGAUACCCGUCGUGCCGAGCCGUAAGUCCCUCAGCCGCUUCGAUCCCCAGGCGUCGUACGUGAUCGCUGGUGGUCUCGGUGGCCUUGGGAGGUCCGUCGCGCGGUGGAUGGCCUCUCGGGGGGCCAAGAACCUCAUCCUUCUUUCGAGACGUGGCGCAGUGGAGAAAGCUGCGAUUGAGCUGGUUGCUGAGCUCAAGCCUGUGUGCGAUAAUGUCGUUACCCCGGCCUGUGAUGUUACGGAUGCCAAGGCUCUGCAAACUGUCAUGGCUGAGCUUGCUGAGUCUCUUCCUCCUAUCAAGGGAUGUAUCCAAGGUUCCAUGGUGCUCCAAGACAAUCUCCUCAAGAACAUGUCGCUCGACAAUUGGAAGGCUGCCGUGCAGCCCAAGGUGCAGGCAUCCUGGAACCUGUACAACGCCCUCGGUGACAAGAUGGACUUCUUCGUCUUCCUCUCGUCGACUGUGGGAGUGACAGGAAGCCCCGAGCAGGCCAACUACGCCGCAGGAGGAACAUUCCAAGACGCUUUCGCGCACCAUCUCGUCUCCAAGGGCGUCAACGCCGUUUCGAUCGACCUUCCAAUCAUCCAUGGCGUGGGUUUCGUGGCAGAGAAGCCAGAACUCUGGGACUACCUCUCGUCUGCAGGAUGGACUCACAUCACCGCGGAUGAGCUCUAUGCCGUGCUGGACUAUCAUUGCCACCCGGCCAGCGCUAGUGCAUCCCAGGAAACGGCGAGGGCGCAAGUUAUCCCUCGCCUCUGGCUGCCGCAGGAGACAGCUGCGGAGGGAUACCAGACGCAGACGUGGGGGGAGGAUCCCCUGUUUAGCCACCUGCGACUGACAGAGACGGACGACGCAGGGAAAGGAGACGACGCGAACAAGGACAUCAAUCACAAAGCGCACCUGCAAUGCGCGUCUUCACUGGAAGAAGCCGAGAAGAUUGUGCUCGACGCUCUCCUCCUCAAGAUUGCGCGGAUGCUCAGCAUCGACGCGCUCAACCUCGAGACAUCUAAACCACUUCACGCGUACGGCAUUGACUCCCUGACGGCGGUUGAGCUGCGGUCAUGGCUGAUGAAGGAGCUUGGGGCCGAGGUAUCUGUCUUUGACAUUACGAAUAACUCGAGUAUCGCGCAGUUGGCGAUGCUGGCUACGAAGAAGAGCAGUCUCAGGCAGCGAUUCGCUGAUUAG